AUAUGAGGACAACCUAUGCUCCUUUCAAAUACUUGCAACUUUCAAGCGCACCUCUCCAUCUGUUCUUCCUGCAUCUCAUAUCUGCUCAAAAAAGGCCAAGGAGGAAAUGUUUAUUCUCAACACACAUUUGUCUCCUUAUUGAUCGAAGAGUUUUCUGAGAUUUCUGCCUCAUCUAUUUAUUUUGUGUCCAUCUUUCUUAUCCAGGUGAACUGGGUGUCCAAAGAGUGGGCAAAGAGAGCAGCACUUCCCUCUCAUGUUGUCACCAUGUUGGAUAAUUUCCCCACAAAUCUGCACCCCAUGUCCCAGUUCAGCGCUGCCAUUACAGCUCUGAACAGUGAGAGCAGCUUUGCACGGGCCUACUCUGAGGGAGUCCACAAGUCCAAGUACUGGGAGUUUAUCUAUGAAGAUUCUAUGGACUUGAUUGCCAAGCUCCCCUGCAUUGCUGCCAAGAUCUACCGUAACCUGAACCGUGAAGGCAGCAGUAUCGGAGCUAUCGACUCCAACCUCGACUGGUCCCACAACUUCACCAACAUGCUGGGCUACAGUGAUCCCCAGUUCACUGAGCUUAUGAGGCUCUACCUCACUAUCCACAGGUGCAACUUAAGAUGCCUUUUUACAUAAAACAAGUUGGAUUUA